AUGAAAAGUCCAAUUCAAUGAACGAUAAGGGUAUAAGUGUAAAAGUCGGACCUUUUUCUCGCCUUCGACCCAAAAGGAAACCCUUUUUGAUAGCAGCGUUCCUUGUGCCGCCGCAGCGCCGCUCAAAGGUGAUCAGUGUGUAGAUUCUUGAAAUUUAGUAGACAUGGCAGAUGAUCAGGAAACCGAUAAGAACAUUCAGAUCUGGAAGAUCAAGAAACUAAUCAAGGCAUUGGAAUCUGCCAGAGGUAACGGCACAAGCAUGAUCUCUCUCAUAAUGCCUCCACGUGAUCAAAUUGCUCGAGUCACCAAGAUGCUGGCUGAUGAAUAUGGUACUGCUUCAAAUAUUAAAAGUAGAGUCAAUCGACAGUCCGUGCUGGCGGCCAUUACAUCGGCUCAGCAGAGGCUGAAAUUGUACAGCAAGGUUCCUCCCAAGGGUCUGGUUUUGUAUACCGGUACCAUUGUCACCGAUGACGGAAAGGAAAAGAAGGUGACGAUUGAUUUUGAGCCUUUUAAACCCAUUAACGUCUCGCUCUACCUUUGUGAUAACAAGUUCCAUACCGAAGCUUUGAAUGAACUCCUGGAAUCAGAUGACAAAUUUGGUUUCAUAGUUAUGGAUGGUAAUGGAACUCUGUUCGGUACCUUGAGUGGAAAUACACGAGAGGUGCUUCACAAAUUCACUGUUGACCUUCCGAAAAAGCAUGGCCGCGGAGGGCAAUCAGCACUUCGGUUUGCUAGGCUCCGUAUGGAAAAGCGUCACAACUAUGUGCGAAAAACAGCAGAACUCGCCACCCAGUUCUUCAUAAACCCAGCUACGAGUCAGCCAAAUGUGGCUGGACUGAUCUUGGCCGGUUCAGCUGACUUCAAAACCGAGUUAAGCCAAUCAGACAUGUUCGAUCAACGUCUUCAAGUUAAAAUCCUCAAUGUAGUCGAUGUUUCUUAUGGAGGAGAAAACGGUUUCAACCAGGCCAUUGAGUUGUCAGCAGAGAUUCUGUCGAAUGUUAAAUUCAUACAGGAAAAGAAGUUGAUAGGGAAGUAUUUCGAAGAAAUAAGUCAGGACACUGGGAAAUAUGUUUUCGGUGUGGACGACACUUUAAAGGCUCUUGAAAUGGGAGCUGUGGAGACCUUGAUCGUGUGGGAAAAUUUGGAUAUCAAUCGAUACUCGCUAAAGAACAGUGCUACCGGCGAAAUUAUAAUAAAGCACUUGAACAAGGAUCAAGAAGCCGACCAAAGCAACUUCCGCGACCUGGCUAGCAACGCGGAACUAGAGGUCCAGGAGAAAAUGUCGCUUCUAGAGUGGUUCGCCAACGAAUACAAGCGUUUCGGUUGCACAUUGGAGUUCGUCACCAACAAAUCGCAAGAGGGCUCGCAGUUCUGCAGGGGCUUCGGUGGCAUAGGUGGCAUCCUGCGCUAUCAGCUGGACAUGAGGUCCCUCGACGAGUUGUCGGAUGACGGAGAGGUGUAUGAGGACUCCGACUAGCAAUCAACAAUACCAAGCUGGAGCUGGCCAAGGAAAAGAGAGACCUCGUCCAAAUCCUAUGAAGCUCAUGGUGCAUACACGCAAACACUGCUUGUGCAUUUCUCGAUUGGUAGACCGGUGGUGGUUCAAGUUCAGAGAGAGUGGAAUUUCGGAGCGGGAAGCUUAAUUCUGGUGUAGCUAAAAUCAAACUUGUCUUGAUUUUUAGGACUCCCCGCAGUUUUUAUCUGUAACUCUGUUUCGGUUUCGAUACAAAGUUUGUAUCUGCUGCGUCUGCUUGAACUAUUUCGAUGAUGGUUGUAAUUUAAUCAUAAUAGAAGCUGUUUUUGGUUA